UAACGGGUUUUUGAAACAAAGGAUAGCAUGGUUAGGCCACUGCUCUAAAACCCUAAAAAUGGAACUUCAAACCCUUUGUUGCGCUCUUCCCUCUCAACCCAUUCACUCCAAUCAUCGAACUCUAUCAUCACCACCGUUCGCAACCCACGCUUCAUUCUCUAAUCAAAGGCAAACAUUUCGGUUUGGAAACAGUUCAAAAUGUUUGAAAUGGGUGAUUAGGGAACCUGCAGCAUUGGGAUUGAACAAAUUCCAGAGACUUCUUGUUCAUGCUUCUGAUUCCAGUUUAAAUGGAGGUUUGGAAGUUCAUCCAAACAAAAGUUCCAAUGUGCCCGUUAGUACGUUUAACGGGGUAGAACCGUUUCAUGGUAAAUCAGGUUCUGUCUCUUUUUGUGGGUUGACACACCAAUCGGUAGAAGAAGGGAAAUUGGAAUCUGCCCCCUUUGAAGAAAAGGGUGGCUCUUACUUAUGGGUCUUAGCUCCUACGGCGUUCAUAGCAUCUUUGAUUCUGCCACAGUUCUUCGUUGACAAUGUGGUCGAGGCUUUUCUUAAUGAUACGAUAUUAAUAGAUGCAGUGAGUUUGUUCACUCAUGAUGCCCUGUUCUACGUUGGACUAGCGACAUUCUUGUAUGUGACUGAUCGUGUCCAGAGGCCUUAUUUGCAGUACAGCUCCAAAAGAUGGGGUCUUAUCACCGGCCUCAGAGGAUACUUAUUCUCCGCAUUUUUAACAAUGGGUUUGAAGAUUGUUGUUCCUGUUAUUCUUUUGUUUGCAACCUGGUCAUCAUCACUUGGCAUGGCAGGAAUUGUUGCUGUAACUCCUUUUUUACUUGGCUGUGCUGUACAAUUUGCAUUUGAGAAAGUUUUGGACAAUCGUGGGUCAGCUUGCUGGCCACUAGUCCCUGCUAUAUUUGAGGUAUACAGACUCCAUCAGCUUACAAAAGCUGCUAAUUUUGCUGAGAAGUUGUUAUUAGCUUUGAAGGAUCUUCCUCCGAGCCCAGAAUUGGUAGAACGAACUGGAGGAUUGUUCGCAUUGAUGAUCUCUUUUCAAUUACUGGGGCUUGUGUGCCUUUGGUCAUUGAUGACGUUUCUUUUGAGGCUAUUCCCUUCUAGACCUGUAGCAGAUCAUUACUGAGUUUGGCGUGGAUCAUGGAAGAGUGUUGUAUAUAUUUGCCUAAUGUAUUUGAAAGACGCGGCUACAUUAUUGUUUGAUUAACUUUUAGUGCAGGCUCUUCAUUGAGAAAA